AUGUGGACGACGACCAGCGGCCUGAGUGGUCGGCCGCUCCGGCUGAGCAUCACCAUCGCUGCUGUCAUGGGUUUCUCGCUUUUCGGCUAUAAUCAGGGCAUGAUGGCUGGCCUCCUCAACGGCGACGAGUUCGUAAAGUCGUUUCCAAUUCUCGAAAUGCCCACGAAUGCAACUAAGGGCCAGGAACAUUACAUCAACGUCAUCCGCGGUGCUGUCACAUCCUGUUAUGAACUUGGCUGCUUCUUCGGCGCGCUAUUCUCUAUGUUCUUCGGCAACUCACUCGGUCGCACUCGCCUGAUUUUCACAGGUGCCAGUGUUCUGGUUAUUGGUGCUUUGCUUACCACGGUCUGCUUUACUGGUAAAUGGGAAGUCGGCCAGUUCGUCAUCGGCCGUGUUGUGUCGGGUAUUGGAAACGGCAUGAAUACCGCGACAAUCCCGGUCUGGCAAUCGGAAUGCUCCGGCGCUCACAACCGCGGAUUUUUGGUCUGUUUUGAAGGUGCGAUGAUUGCUGGUGGUACUUUUAUUGCCUACUGGGUCGUCUUUGGUCUUUCACAUGCCCAGGAUACCGUCCAGUGGCGAUUCCCCAUUGCGCUCCAGAUCCUCUUCGCUCUUAUUGUGGCGUCCGGUGCCUUGAUGCUCCCGGAUUCCCCGUCGUGGUUUGUGAGCAGAGGAUACGACAAGGAAGCCUGCGAGGUGCUCGCUAAGCUUAAUGGCGUUGCUCCUGACUCCGACAAAGUCCUUAACGACUUCAACUUCCUGAAGCAGGACGUGGAAUCCUCAAAGAGCUCAGAGUCAAGCUGGAAGACUGUAUUCACAUUCGGCAAGACCCAGGAAUUCCAGCGCCUUCUUGUUGGUUGUUCCGGCCAGUUCUUCCAGCAGUUCACCGGUUGUAAUGCCGCGAUCUACUACUCAACACUACUUUUCCAGGAAAACCUACAUAUGGAGAAGUACCUAUCUCUGAUUAUGGGUGGUGUGUUCGCUACCGUCUACGCCCUUGCGACUAUUCCAUCAUUUUUCAUGAUUGAGAGAGUUGGCCGUCGCAACCUGUACUUGAUUGGCUUCUUAGGUCAGGGACUCAGCUUUGUCAUCACAUUCGCUUGCUUGAUCAAGGAGAACGAGGCAAACUCCAAGGGCGCUGCUGUUGGUAUCUUCCUCUUUAUCACCUUCUUCGCUUUCACUCUAUUGCCACUACCCUGGAUCUACCCUCCCGAGAUCAACCCCCUCCGUACCCGCACUGUGGGCGCGGCGGCGUCGACCUGCACCAACUGGAUCUGCAACUUUGCCGUGGUCAUGUUCACGCCGCUUUUCUCUGGCCAGAGCUCAUGGGGUGUUUAUCUCUUUUUCGCCCUGUUUAACUUCAUCGGCUUGGUCUUCGGCUUCUUCUUCUAUGUCGAGACAGCCGGACGUGAGCUCGAAGAGGUUGACAUUAUCUACGCCAAAGCACAUGUCCAAGGAAAGAUGCCGUUCCGGGUCGCCCAGGAGAUGCCCAAGCUCAAUCUCCAACAGAUCCUUCACGAGUCACGCGAACUGGGGUUGAGUACCGACAUUAAUUCGCAUUCUUCACAAGAGAAGAGCGAGCUCGGCCUUGGUGGUGACAGUGGCCAGGAGAUCGAGGAGGUGAAGGAGAAACUGUGA